AUGAAGCACCAAGCACACAUGGAUGGAGAUGCGAUGCUUGCUGCGUUUUUCCCUCUCUACACUUUGGGAACUGAGGGAAGUCACAGUGAUGCUUCCAAGGAUGAGCAGAACAAGCCACAGCAAGUCUAUAGCAGUCCUUACAGGACCAUAAAGAUUAACAUCUGCCCAAAUGGGGACAUUACUGGACCUCUACAGGUUUCCACAGAGUAUGACAUUGUAAACAUUUGGACUUUUCCAAAAGGUCUUGAACUUAAAUUGAAAGUCGGAAUGUUUUUUCCAUAUGUGCAUCAACGGUCUUUAUCUGAAGAUAUGAUAGACUGGGCCAUAGGAACCACAGAGCCUCCUCACUCUGUCUGCAGUGAGAGUUGUGGUCCUGGAUUCAGGAAAUCCCCACAGGAGGGAAAGGCUGCCUGUUGCUUUGAUUGCACUCCCUGCUCAGAAGAAGACAUUGCUAAUGAGACAGAUAUGGAGCAGUGUGUGAAGUGUCCAGAUCAUCAGUAUGCCAACACACAGAGAAACCAGUGCCUCCCAAGAGGUAAAAGUUUCCUAGCUUAUGGAGAACCCUUGGGUAUGGCCUUGGCCUGCAUGGCUCUUGGUUUAUCUACACUCACAGCACUUGUUCUUGGGAUCUUUGUGAAAUAUCACAACACCCCCAUUGUCAAGGCUAAUAACCAGGCCCUCAGCUACAUCCUGCUCAUCUCCCUCAUCUUCUGCUUUCUCUGUUCCUUGCUCUUUAUUGGCCAACCCAACACAGUCACCUGCAUUCUACAGCAAACCACAUUUGGAGUUGCAUUCACUGUAGCUGUUUCCGCUGUUUUGGCCAAAACUGUAACUGUGGUUCUGGCCUUCAAGGUCACUUCUCCAGGGAGAAAGAUAAGGUGGCUGCUGGUAUCAGGGGCUCCUAACUUCAUCAUUCUCAUCUGCACCCUGAUCCAGGUGACUCUCUGUGGAAUCUGGCUGGGAACCUCUCCUCCCUUCAUUGACACUGAUGCCCACUUUGAACAUGGCCUCAUCAUCAUCCUGUGUAACAGUGGCUCCCUCACUUCUUUCUACUGUGUCUUGGGUUUCCUGGUUUUCCUGGCCCUGACCAGUUUCACUGUGGCUUUCCUGGCCAGGAACCUGCCUGACACCUUCAAUGAAGCCAGAUUGCUCACCUUCAGCAUGCUGGUGUUCUGCAGUGUGUGGCUCACCUUACUGCCUGCCUACCACAGUGCCAAGGGGAAGGUCAUGGUGGCUGUUGAGGUCUUCUCCAUCUUGGCCUCUAGUGCAGGGCUCCUGGGCUGCAUUUUUGCUCCCAAGUGCUACAUCAUCUUGUUAAGGCCAGAUAGAAAUGUUCUGCAUGGCUUCCGGGGCAAAACACAUACUGGGAGAAAUAAGUGUUCUUAA